AUGGCCUUAAAAUAUAUCGUUACGAAAAAUGCCCCAGCACCGCCGAUCCCAGAUCUGUUCGCUCAGGGCGUAAGAGCAGGUCCGUUUCUAUGGACUCAGGGUACUUUAGGAGCCCUUCCAGACGGCACCAUGGUUGAAGGAACGGUCCAAGAUCGUGCAAGACAAGUCAUUAAGAAUCUCGAAGCAGUGCUGGCCGCUGAGGACAUGACAUUGAAGGAUGUGGUAAAAGCAACCAUUUACUGCACGGAUUUUGAUAAGAAUUUCCCUCUUGUCAAUCAGCAGGUGUGGAAAGAAAUGAUGCCUGAGCCACGUCCCACCCGAAUGUCAAUGGGUGUUGCUCAAUUGCCUCUGAAUACGGAUGUUGAGAUGGAAUUCGUCUGUUACAAGCCUUAA